AACAAAUCCCACUCGUUCACCACAAACAACAAACACACGCACAACAAGAGAAAGGGAGAGAGAGAUGCCGAUGACUCUUUUUCUACUUCCUUUCAUGCUCAGCCUUUUCACCAUCAAAGCUGCUGCAUCCACCCUCACCACGAGCAGACAUUACUGCUCCAACUCAAGCACCUUCACUCCCAAUAGCACCUACCACACCAACCUCAACCAUGUUCUCCAUGAUCUCGUCUCUGAUGCGUCUGGCAAUAAAAGGUUCUUCUUCAAUUCGAGCGAAGUGAGCUCGAGCGAGGCCGUCUAUGGCGGCUUUAUGUGCAAAGACGAUGUCUCAAAGAAAGAGUGCGAAGAAUGCGUCAAGAACGCGAGCCUCGAGAUAACCCGUGUGUGCCACAUGACCAAAUUCUCCGUCCUGUGGUACCAUCAGUGCAUGUUGUGUUACUCCGACGCGAAAAUUUCCUCGACCAUGGAGGCGAAAACUUGGUUGGACAGAUAUAAUGAAGAGAACAUAGAAAAGCUGGAUGACUUCAUGAAGCUACUGAACAGGACGAUGGUUCAUGCAGCAAGAAAGGCUGCUCAGCAUCCUCCUAGGAAGUAUGGCUAUCGCGACGCCAAGUAUACUCCGGAGAAAAAAAAACACAGAUUCUGGAGCAGCUCAAAAGGGGAAGUGCACCUUCCAAUGAUAAUAUUUGCUGCAAUCCUCACCGCAACCAUAGGAUCAACGCUACUAUUUUACAAAAUAGUGUGGCAUCUUUUAAGGGGAAGAAGAAGAAGAAGAGUUCUAAGAAGGAACGGUGAAAGUCGUAUCGAAGAAGAUUCGAUUGUUAGGAGGCAAAUUUCUGAACUCCAUUCCCUGCAAUUUGAUCUGCAAACAAUAGAAGCCGCCACAAAUAAGUUCUCGAACGACAACAAGUUAGGGGAAGGUGGAUUUGGCCCGGUUUACAAGGGUACACUACCCGGUGGCCAAGAAAUUGCAGCAAAGAGGCUAUCUAGGAGCUCUGGACAAGGAGUCACGGAAUUCAAAACUGAGGUUGAACUAGUAGCCAAGCUUCAACACAGAAACCUAGUGAAGCUACUGGGAUUCUCCAUGGAAAGAGAUGAAACAAUACUAAUCUAUGAAAACGUGCCCAACAGGAGCCUCGAUCGCUUGUUAUUUGAUCCGGAGCUCAGUGGACAGCUGGGUUGGUCAGCACGUUACAAGGUAAUAUUAGGGGUGGCGCGUGGACUGCUGUACCUUCAUGAAGAUUCUAGGCUUCGAAUUAUUCACCGUGAUCUCAAAGCCAGCAACAUUCUGCUAGAUGCUGACAUGAACCCAAAAAUCUCAGAUUUUGGCAUGGCCCGGAUCUUUGGUACUGAUCAGACUCAAGCAAGUACGAAUAGAAUCGUAGGGACAUAUGGCUACAUGUCUCCUGAGUAUCUGAUGUUUGGACACUUCUCGGUAAAAUCUGACGUCUUCAGCUAUGGUGUGUUAAUGCUAGAGAUUAUAACUGGCAAAAAGAACAGCCAAUUCUUCGCGCUGGACUCUGAUGAGGGCCUGCUAGGCUACGUUUGGAAGCACUGGACUAACAGAACGCUGUCGGAAGUGGUGGAACCAGCUUUAAGUAGUGCUUACCCCAUGAACGAAGUGAUCAGAUGCAUGCACAUUGGCCUGCUGUGCGUGCAAGACAACAUGGAAGACCGACCUACCAUGGAUGCAGUUAUUCUCAUGUUAAACGGCGAGUCUAUUAGCAUCCCAGUUCCUCAAAGACCUUCAUUCUUCUUCCCAAGUAAGAAGUACAAACUGGCACCUUGUGUUCUUAACUCAGAUCAAUCUACCAGCAAAGUUGACCAAUCUAAUAGCAAGAUAACGCCGUCGUGGUUUGCGAGUGACAGUGGUUCUGUUGAUCGAGGUCCAUGUAGCCAAGAUUUUGAGGCUAUCGUUCAGAUCAAUUCUGUUUAGAUUUUACCGUAUAAAUCGUGUGGGUACACUUUAUAGCUGUAUGAAAAUCGAUAUAUCUUCAUUGCCAGGAUUCCGGCUUAUUUUUUCUAGUAGGGGGAAUAACAGAAUGGCACAGGAAUGAGCAAUUACAUUUGCUCAGAAGAAUUAGGCAAUUAGAUUGUGAUUAACAUUUAGACUUUAUAAUAUGGUACAAUUGUGACAAGGAGACUCGAGUUAUAACAGGAACUUGGUUUUUCCAUAUCGUAUGUGGCUAGAAAAAUUUUCGAGUCAUACCCACAGAAUGGCGCUGCCUAUUCUGGUGUCU